GACGGAGCUGGAUGGCGUCAACCGCUCGCCGGUCACUGAACUGUCUCUUGCUCGCCGGGAAUAAAUCAGUUCAGGAGUGCCUGAAGAGAGACUCGCGCGCCUCGCCUGGGAGCCCCCCGCGGGCGGAGAGGACGGGGUCGGAAGAAAAAAGCCGGGUUAAAAGAAAAAGAGAGCGACGGAAGGGGAGGGGCCAGAGCUAACUGCAGAAGAGCGCAAAGGAAUAAGUAGAAGCGCGCAGGAGUCUCGGAGAGAGGGUUAGUGCAAGGAGCGGAAAGGCGGGAAAGUCGCGUGAGGCGCAGGACGGCGCUUGUUUCAGAGCAGGAGGCGGGAAGAAGGGCACUGACGAAGCCUCACCUCCCUUUCCCUUCUGGCUGCCCUCGAAGUAGACAUAACAAGAGUCGCUCUCCGGCUUCGCGGGAGGCGGCCUGAGAAGCGCUUCUGGCCGACUGGAACACAGUCAAAAGGGCGUCGAGCAGGGAACUGUAGCUAUGCGCUUUGGCGACGGUUCCGGCGGCUCCCCGUGGGCAGCCCCGCCGCCCGUUUGGAACCUGAGCCAGGAGCGAAUCGGGGAGGCGCACGGCGCAAGGGAAGACCCUACCCAGGAGGUGGCGGAGUCCGUCGGCGGUGGCGCCAACGGGAGCAGCAACUUCUACGGGCGGGACGAAGAACUGGCCAAGUUGGAGAUCGCUGUGCUGGCCCUGACGUUCGCCUCGGCCGUGCUGGGCAACGGGUUGGUGCUGCUGGCGCUCCGCCGCACUCCGCGCAAAAAGGCGUCCCGCAUGCACCUCUUCAUCCGGCACCUCAGCCUGGCCGACCUGGCGGUGGCUUUCUUCCAAAUCCUGCCGCAGCUUUGCUGGGACGUGACGUACCGCUUCCACGGCACCGACGGGCUGUGCCGCGUGGUGAAGCACCUGCAGGUCUUCGGCAUGUUCGCCUCGGCGUACAUGCUGGUGGCCAUGACGGCCGACCGCUACAUCGCCGUGUGCCACCCGCUCAAGACGCUCCAGCAGCCGGCCCGGCGCUCGCGCUGCAUGAUCGCUGCCGCCUGGGCGCUCAGCUUCGUGCUCAGCCUGCCGCAAUACUUCAUCUUCUCGCUCAGCGAGGUGGAGAGCGGCUCGCAGGUUUACGACUGCUGGGCGCACUUCAUCCAGCCCUGGGGGGCCCGCGCCUACGUCACCUGGAUCACUGGCGGCAUCUUCGUGGCGCCCGUCCUCACCCUGGCCACUUGCUACGGCUUCAUCUGCUAUCGCAUCUGGAGCAACGUCCGCGACAAGACCCGGCGGCAGAGGCCGGAGGCAGCUCUGCCUCGAGGGGACGCCCCCGGCAAGGGGCUGCGCCACACGCCCUGUGUCAGCAGCGUCAAGAACAUCUCCCGUGCCAAGAUCCGCACCGUCAAGAUGACUUUCGUGAUCGUCUCGGCUUACAUCGUCUGCUGGGCGCCCUUCUUCACCAUCCAGAUGUGGUCCGUCUGGGAUUGGCACUGGCACUCCUCCUGGAUUGAGUCUGAGGACAUUGUAGUCACAGUCACUGCACUUUUAGCCAGCUUGAACAGUUGUUGCAAUCCAUGGAUCUACAUGUUCUUUAGUGGGCACCUUCUGCAAGACUUCAUUCAGAGUUUUCCAUGCUGUCGAAAACUAAAACAAACACUGAACAAAGAAGAUUCUGAGAGCAUCAGCAGGCGACAGACUUCUUUCACCUAUAACAGAAGUCCAACAAACAGUUUGGAAACGUGGAGAGAAUCUCCAAAUUCAUCAAAGUCCAAGAAGUUCAUCCCUAUUUCUUCCUGAGCCAUGUAUGGUUCUUGAGUGCCAGAUCAGUACUUUAGCACAUUAUCUGGUCACAGCUACCAGUUACAGUACAGUAAAUGAACUAACAAGAUGAACAGAGAAGUGGAAGUUUAUUACCGGUGUGCAUGAUAAUUUCGCAUUGAUGUAAAUGAAUGCUGUAAAUUAGUCAGGAAAAGAUAUAUAAAUGUGUAUUUAGUGCAGUGAAAAAAGUGAUAGAUGUAAUAUUUUUUUAAAAUGAGAUGAUUUAUAUUCAGCACAUCUGUUAUGCAACAUGUAAGUUUAAAUGCAGAUCCUACCUAAAUACAGAAAUACAACUGUGUAUAUAAUUGAAGGUGACAUGCAGUUUGUACAAGACAUUGUGCCACUUUUUCAUCAGCUAGCUUUUGUCACUGAGUUUUAACUUUUUGUCUGUUAUAGUUCUUAGACAAAGGCCACUAUCUCUUUAGCCAAAAAAGAAUGCAAAGAUUUUUCUUUUCUUCUAUUUGUUUACUUUAUAUAUACUCCAUCCUUUCCCCCAAUCAGGUUCAAAGGCACCUUGCAUUGUUCUCCUCUCUUUUAUUUUGUCAUAAUGUCCUAUAAGGUUGGGGGCAGCCCCAUCCAAAAGUCAGGCACCCGACCAUGGCACCACACCCACCCGCCACUCCCAAAGAGGCUUCCCAGCAGCAUGGGGAGGCAAGAAAAGUAAAAAACAACAACUCCCUGCUGCCAAGAAGCCUCUGCGCCUCAAUGGACUUAUGCUGCCCAAAAGGGUGGCUUAAGCCCGGAGUAUGGCCCACUAGUAUAAUACCAACAAAGGCCAGGAAAGGCUCCUGCCCUGGCCAUGCCCCCAGCCCACCCCCACUACGCCAAUGGCAGCAGAGGCCUUGAGAUGCUAGCACAGCAACCAGUGACGGGUUCCAGCACCAGAGGGGAGCCUGUGGCAGCUGCACACCAGCAGAAUCACCCCUCCACUGGGGUAAGUGUCCCAAGAAGGGUGAAUCUGUAGGCAUGGUGGUACACCACUCCUACAAGCAGAUUCCCCCUUCUUUUGGAUGGGGCUCUGGUUAAGAAUGUGUUAUCUCGCCCAAGGUCAUUUAGCAAGCUCCCAUGGAAGAAUAGGAAUUCAAACCAGGGGCUCCCAAAUUCUAGUUUGAUGCUCUAAUGAUUACACCAUACUAGCUGUCCUUCAGUUUAAGAAUAGUGAUUGGUAAAUCUGUUUUUCUAGUUGCUGACAUAUUUGGGAUAUCAAUCAAUUUCAGACAUUCAGUUAAAUGCAUGGGUGUCUUCAGAAGGAUCUCAACAUUUCCUAUGGCCUAGAAGUCUGGCAUAGAUGCUUCAGACUGGUGAGGCUUCCUACCCUUUCAGAAGCUGGCGUAAUGAUGACUCCAUAUUAAUAUGAUUUCAGCUAUGGCAAGAGUUCUAGCCAUUUCCCCAGGUCCCUUGCUCUUAGCUUCUCAUUAUCUUUCAAUGUGGACCAUGAAUCGGGAUUCAAUAAUCUGACUCCUAGAUGAUGGAAUUCAAAUUGAAAAUUAUAUGAUGCACUGGGAGGUCCCCAUAAUAUACCCACGGUACCAUAUAUACUGUUAUUUUAUUUGUGUUUUAUUAGUUCCUAUUAUAAUUCUGUGUGCCACCCCAAAGUAGACAAAAGCAUAUGAUCUGCUUUUGCAACAAUUUCAUGUUGUUGGUUUCUGUUUAGACACCCAAAUAGGAGCCCCUCCAACUCUGUAGGAUUUUUCAGCACUACAACAGUCUAUGUAAUUUUCUCACAUUUUAAAUGUUCUUUACAGUAGCACCCUACAUUUAUCUUCCAAGAAUGGUUUCUUGCUGAUUCCAAAAUACAGAAUCUCCGAAUCUUCAUUGACUGUACGGGGGUAGUUCGUAAGAGAAUUAUAAAUUUUACUUUGUGACAUAAUGAUGCCAUUCAACUGGUUCAAAAAGAAAAUACACUGAAACUGCUUUCCAAAUAACUGCAGGUUUAAGAGUGCUUUUCUGACAUUUAUGAUAUUUUUCUGUUUUAUAGCUGCCAGAGACUGCAGUUUGAAAUAAGUGUGAUGUUUCAUGUACACAAGCAUUUCCCCAGUUUAGCCAUCUUUCUCACUUGAGUGUUGGAUCACUCGCUGUGAACAUAAUAUAAAUAUAUGUACAUCAAGCAAUAAUCAGCUGUUAUUUUCCACCUCUUCAGACUUGAUCGCCUGAAUUUUGAUUAGCUUGCUACUUGAGAGUGAAAGAAAAUAUGUGUGUUAUGUGCCUAAAAGGUAAACUACUCAAUGUAACAAAUUCACACAUAUGUGUAAUAACUGCACAUACAUAC